GAAAACUCAGAAAUGGAUUCUCAUUGCAAAAACGCAUUGUUCUUCGCGUUUUCGGUUGUCAUUUGCCUUCAAUUUGUUGCUAUAGAUGCAAAUCCAUUUUUAAUCGAUGCAAUUUGCUUGAAAACUCUCAAGCCUAGCUUUUGUUCACAACAAUUGAGAUCAGAUUCUCGCUCCAUUGGCGCAAAUUACACCACUUUGGCCAAAAUUUUACUAGACAAAGUGGAGUCAAGAGUGGUUUCUAUGAAAGAUGUUAUUCGAGUGAUUUUAAAACAGAAUUUACCCGUUAAUCAACAAUUACGGCUUGCAACGUGCUUGGAUGGUUGCAAUGAGGCAAUUGUUGACGCUUCUUGGUGCAAAUAUGCUUUGAAAUUGGGAUCGGGAGACUUUAAGGGACUAAAAUCUCAAGCUUUUUCACUUCUGAAUCAUUUCAAGAAGUGUGAUGGUUUAUUUGAAAAGUCUCCUGCUGAACCUUUGAAGAUUAAGGAAGCUAGUGGGAAGAUUCAAGAACUUUGUAAUGCUAUUUUGGUUAUUAGCAAACUUGGGGUACUAGAACACCCGUUUGAUGUGUGCUCGGGAUUUAAUUGUUGAAGGAUGUAAGCAUGUAUUUUGCAU